AUGAUUUAUGAACUGAUAACUCCGGCUGAUAUUACGCUUAAAUGCCCACUACUUGUCAUGAGUGGAUCUGUAUUCACCUGUCAACUGAAUUGCAAUAAAGGAAGUCAUAUACAAGGGGCUGUGUCGUUUGCGAACGAUUGGCAAGAUGCAAUCUCAUUACCAGAGCCAAAUUAUGAUUGGAUAGGACUGCCUCCAAAACGUAUGAAAGAUACAAUGAUAAAUUAUAACACAAACAAGUUAAUCAUCACUGGUUCACAAGCUCGCUAUGAUGGAACAAUCAGUACAAUUCAAAUACAUGCACUUCUAUUAACUGAUGUCACCUUUUAUCUUUUACGCGUUCAAUGCACUGGUGGUAUGUACAAUUUUGAAACCAAUAGCUGUUCAUCGACCAACAAUCGUAGCGUAACGUGUACGGCAGAUCAAGUGUUUUCUGGUUUGGUCCGGGAUUGCGUUAAUAUAUCAUCAUCCUACUGCGGUAAUCUACGGCAACUGAAAUUAGAUAAACCUAUAAUUGUUGAAAAUUAUGAUUAUCAAGUGAUAGAAAUUUAUACUGUCAAAUUAACAGUUUUAGGUUGGCAGAGUAUUAAGUUGCCUUCAGUAUGGACUAUUCAGUCAGGUGAUCGAAUAGGAUUCACUAGUAUCUUAGCAGGAAGUAUUGGAUGUGCUCCUUCCUCAUCAUAUGAAGCUGAUGAUUUAGAAACCUUGACAACGUUUUCUGGAACUAAUGGAAGUUCUGUAUUAAGGAGUAGUCUAAAGCGUUUGACUUCUAUACGACAUCAGAUUGGGGCUUGGAUCAGGCCAACUCAUGAUGCAUUAUUGACUGGAUAUAUAAAUACGACAGGGUAUCAAGACGUCUCACUUCAGCUGUACAGUUACUGGGGCAAGAACUAUACAUCACCGGCUCUCAUUAAGACCACUAUUAUGAUAGAUGAAAUUAUAAAUGAAACUCAGCUAAUAUUAAACUCAUGUGCUGCGGAAAUACAAUGUUCAUUAGAACUUAAAAGUCAUACAGGCAUUAAUGUCACUUAUGUAUGGGAUUUUGGUGAUGGCACAGUACAGAAAACAACAUCAGUUAAAAUGGUGCAAAAAACCUACAGUACUGCUGGUAAUUAUAAUUUGACCGUCAAUAUAAGCAACAGUAUCCAGUACAAAAUAAUUGUACAAAAUGUGAGUGUGAUAGACAAAUUUGAGUUUAAUGAAAUACAAGGAAAUCAGUUUACUGAAUUGAAUGGACUAACCACUCUAAAAUUAAAUCUAUCUGGAAACAGUUUUAUAUGUUCCUGGUAUCUGAACGGUGUUUUGUCUAAAAAUGACAGUAUGACACAAUUUGAUUACAUGCAUAUUCAAAGUGGUGUGGUAGUCUGGAAUGUGACUUGUCGAACUCCUGUGGAAACUAUUAGUAGAAAACUGGAACAAUUUGUAAUAGAGCGUUUCACAGGACUUUCACUCGUAACCAAGAGUUUACAAGUGGCAAAACCAGCUCAGAUUGUUUUUACUUUCAUAACUGGGAAUAAUUUAACAUCUCAGUUGACUUUCUUUAAUCAAAUUUUAAAUAUACGCAUUGAUUAUGUACAAAAAACUAUCACAUCUGAACUGGUGAGUGAGUCACAGAUAGCGUCUGUAAACUACAGCUUAUGGACAACCAAUCCAAUUAGUUCAAAUUUAACUACUGGUCAGAUACUGUUUGAUGUACCAGUACUUGGGAUGAACAUACAAGUUGAGCCAAAUUACGCUGGCCCUUCUCAAAACAUGAUUUUUCGUGUUUCGUUUCAAGAAGGCACAUCAAUCAUUUUGACUGUUAAUUAUGGGGACGGUGAAGUAAUCCAGCAAUCCGCUAUGCAGUUGCAAACAUGGCCAAAGGAUUAUCAGUUGACCAAAAAGUAUUUAAACGCCGGUGAGUACACUGUGACGUUUUCAGCAUCCUCAGGGGGUAAUACAGAGAACAGGACAGUCACGGUUUAUGUAGUUGAUAAGAUUGGGGUUUACGCGGCUCAAGCCAUUACUGAAUCUGUAGCUGUUUACGAUCCCGCAACUUUGAAGAUAACAAGGCAAUCUGGAAAUCCUGCAGUGUUAACUAAAAUAAGCUUAGACUGGGGCGAUAACAGUCAGUUCACCCUAGACGAUUUCCGCGAAGGUACUGUUUACAGUCAUAUUUACAAAAGUGAGGGGGAUUUCGGAGUUACCGCUUUACUUACAAAUCCAGUUGACCAAAAGGUUUUUGUUACCACACUUAAAGUUAGAGCAAGAAUUGAAGAUUUUGGUUGUCAAGUUGCACCAAAUCCAGUUGAGACAGGAAAACUGUUAGUGAUUUCAGUGGUUUAUAAAAGUGCACAAGAUGUCAUCAUCAAUGCUUUGUUAAAUAACCGAACAGAUUCCAAACAAAUCAAUGUACCAGGAUCUAUCACAUUUACUUUAACAUACACUGGAAUAGCUGCCAAUUUUCCAACACUAGCUAAAUAUAAAGUGGUAUGGGGAGAUGGAAGUGCACUCUCAGAAGGAAUGUUAACAUUGGCAAAUCAACCACAAAAAAUCAGUCACGUUUUAGCUGAUUUAAAUUACUUUCAAGCUUCUGUCACCUUGGACAAUGUUAUAAGUACCAUGACGAAAAAUACUCAGGUUGCCGCUUUUGGUUUAUUCCAACAAAUUGAUUUGAUAAUAACAGUUGCAUCUACUGGUGAUCCUGGUUAUGGAGCAGAUGGAAACUUUUAUCCACUAGGAGUUCAAUUAAAAUUCCAAGUGCUUGCAAAUGGAAAGCCAAAUAAUGUGGCUAAUAUCACUUAUUCAAUUAUAAAUAAAACUAAUAAUCUCAUACUGGACUCAGGAACUGUUUGGAAUAAUUACUUUUUCUACACAUUUACUAAGUUUGGAGAAUAUAAUAUUGUAGUACUGGCUUCAAAUCCAGUGAGCGCGAAAUCAACUUCAAAAGAAAUUUCAAUUAGGACUUCCAUACGUGGAUUAAAAGCUUAUCUUGUCAGUAAUGGUAUGUUGGAACCAAAUCAACAAGGUAUAAUACGUAUUUCAUUUGAAGCCUAUCCAAACGAUGCGUGUUUGUGCGUAGAAAAAUCAGAUGGAGUUGGUCCAGUUUAUUAUCCGAAAUUAACAGAUCCAACAUCUUUCUGUUCAUUAUGUCCCAGUUACUUACGUUUGCAAGAUGCACCAGUCAAUCUGACAUUCUCAUUAAGUGUUCAAUAUGGUUCAAGCGGACCUCAGUAUGUGUCUAUCCAGGCUAUUAGUGCGUCGGAAAUAGUCGAUACUAAAUUAUAUAUCCCUGUUACAUUUUCAACGUGUCCUCCACCUAAAAUAUCUAUGUCGAAUGCAUCAUCACAAUUAACAACUUAUCCAAUUAAAGCAAUUACCUCCGAAAUUAUAAAUAUUGAAGCAAUACUUACCGUACCAGAUUGUUUGUUAUCAGUACCAAAUGAGAAAUUAUGGACUUUAUACUCCAUUGAUUUAGAUACUACACAAACAUUAGGACCAAUCUCAUUAUCUCAAGAACUUAGUUCCAAAACACUAAGACUUGGUUUACCUGCUAAUUUUCUUUCACCCGGGCCAUACAAAGCUACGUGUACAGCGUAUUUUACUCCACCUCAAGGAGUACCAUAUAUUGUCUCAGAAAGCGCAUAUAUAAUAGUUGUCCCACCACCAUUAUUAGUUCAGUUCGAUGUGGGUAAUCCGAUCAGUAAGACAAUCGAUUUAUCUAUUAAUGAGAUAUGCUUAAAACCUGAGGUUUAUUCGCUUGAUCCUGCCAUGAAUAAUGUAAACGUUCCACAGGGUAUCGGAUCUUGGAUAUGGUAUUGCAGGCAAGUCGAUGAACAAUUGUCAGGAAAGUUGAUUUUGCCCAAACCUCCGGGUUAUCAAUACAAUGCAUACUAUACUGGUUGCUUUGGUGACGGUCCAGGAGUAAUUGAUACAAAUAAUGGUACUCUGUGCUUUACAACGGAAAACUUUAGAAUAAAUAAAACAUAUGAAGUUACAGUCAUCGGCAGUAAACCACCCAAACGGAUUGGAAAAGCUACAAUGCAACUGUUGACUACAAAUGAAGUAGCCCCAAUCUUUACAAUAAGAUGCAGCAUACCUUAUCUGUGCUACAAUCUAGGAUUUGACUCAUCAAAUUUAACCAGUUGGUUCAUUCCUGAAUCAGAUGAUCUUUAUGUAACAGUUUUCAUAGAGUUUGGAACCCUAAGCCCUGAUAUGAGAUUUAAAUGGAAUAUUAGAGAAAUGCAUUUAGACGGCACACUUUUACCAUUCGAUCAAGUUCAACAAGAUACAUACACAGAAGGGACAUUUACAUCAUCAUGGCGAAUAAGAAAAGGGUAUUUUAUCAAUAAGUCAAAUGAUGUCAAAGGAUGUAUUGUAUGUGCUACCUUAACUAAAAAUACUGACAUAGGAACAUCUUGUUUACGAUUCAAAUAUUUGCCAAGACCCACACCGGGUAUAUGUACAUAUACUUUAAACGAUACAAAUAUGUGUGUAAACUGCGUAAACUUCACUAGUAUUGUUAGUCCACUGACAUAUACAUUCUUUCUUACGAAUUCAUCCAUCAAAAUUGCUCUUGCAAGUGAAAAUCUUCCUAAAACUUGUUUCGUUGUACCUUAUAUGUACAGUCCACUAGAUGCUUGUGUCUAUGUUUCUGAUAAAUUUGGGGGUUCAAUAGAAGUAUGCUAUGCGAAUAUAUUCGUCCAAGCGAAAUCACUGGAUCUUAUGCGUGCCGCAAUACAAUCACUUGUAGAAGACAAGAAAGCCGAAUUAAACAGAUUGGUUGUUACUGGGCAGUUGACAGAAAGUGCUGAUCUAGUUACCAGUUAUGCAUCUGCUGUACAAAUGUUCUCUAUUCUUGAAACUCGGAACUCCGCUGGUGCAAAUAAUACCCCAGAUGCAAUUUUAAAUCGUGAUUUACGUUCUAAGGUUAUUCAAAUGCUGGUAAAAACUGUAAACAAUUUUAUACCGACUGAUUCAAAUUCAUUCAUCUUAGCAAUGUCAUGCACUGAGAAUAUACUUAGCAAUACCUUGGACGUGGAUAGAAGUUCUCAGUCAAAAUUAAACACAUACCUUACUAAAGUAACUGAAUCUCUAGAAGCAAUUGUUUGUGAUAAUACAGACCAGUUGUUAACAAUGACCUCAACUAUAUUUCAGUCAGCGCUUCUUUUAGCUGAUGCUGGAAAUAGUCAGAUUAAUAACCCAAUCUCUUUAGAUAUACCAACAGAUCCAGCUCUACUCGAUUACAAUGUCGAUCUCGAGAAGGCAGGUCUACAGACAUCAGGUUUGGAUCCUAUGAGUGAUUUAAUGUUGCAAAACAGUGCAGAUCAACAAUCAUUACUGGUUGGCCAGACAUUAGAUAUGAUCCGUAAUCUGAUGACCACAUCACAAAAAGUCACACAAGGUUUGUUAAUUGAAGGUGCACCGCCAAUAACAUUUCAGAGGUCAAACGCUGUGAUUAGUCUUUCUAGGAUUCUGCCGAAUAAUUUGUCAAAUAGAAUUGCUGUAUUGGAUGGAAGUCAAAAUGAUGUUUUUGUAAACAAUUUAUGCAGAAACCUUCAAGCUUUAAAUGAAAGUUGUUCAGAACCAUAUAGCCUUCAAACAUUCAUAUCAAAAACAAACCUGUUCUCAUUUCGUACUGGUUCAUCUAUACCAAUCCCAUUUCAUACUGAGACUAUUUCAAUGAUUUUAUACAAUAACAAACCAGUUAUCAUUAAAGAUGUCAAAGAAAUAGUUGAAGGAAUUGUUCGCAGGGUAUCAAAUUUUAAACAACCAACCUUUACAAGUAUGGAUCCAGGGACAAAUCGACCUCAACUACCAGCUGCACGAAUAGCUGUGGAUAAAACAGAAAUUUAUCAAGCUCUUUUGAUGAGUCAUCAGGUAGUACCAGAUGAUGUAGCUGUAUUUUUCCAGUUGUACCCUGAAAAUAUUUCUGAAUGUCCACAAUAUUUACUGUUUCUAAGACUGAUUGAUCCCCCAGUAAUUUCCUUAUCAGCUGGAGGAUAUGAUAUGUGGACAACGUUACCUGAGGAUACUUCACAAUGUGUUAAUAUGACCACAAACCCAAAUGAUCCAAAUUACAGAUAUACAUUUAUGUUGGAUAACCGUCAACUAAUGGAGCUUAGAUCAACACAGAAAUAUAGUGAAAGAUUUGAAAUUCUACAAAAGUCUGUAGCUCAAACAGUUUACAUUGGUUUUCGUCAAUUGAAUCAGUAUGAGAUUAAUACGUAUAAAAAUACAAGUCCCCCAUUAAUUCCUUAUCAAUACAGGGACCAAAUAAACAACACAGCACUUUCACGUUGGUUUUUAACAUCUUGUGUAUCUGGUCAAGUGGAUUCUUCGAAAAAAUGGUCCACAAGCAAAUGCCGAGUUGGUCCUAAGACUACCGUUCAACAGACUCAAUGUAUAUGUGAUGAAUUUUCCACAUUCACAUCUGGAUGGUUUGAACUACCCAACAGUAUCGAUUUCAAUUAUGUAUUUGCUAAUAUAGAUUUUAACAAAAAUCCUACACUGUAUGCUACAGAGAUUUCCCUUUGUAUCAUAUUUUUAUUAAUACUUAUCUGGGCACGUAGAGAAGAUAUUAAGGAUAUAGAAAAGCUUACUGUCACACAGUUGUCUGAGAAUAAUCCAGAUUGUGAGUAUUUUUAUGAAAUCAUUGUGAGUACUGGACAUCGUAGAUGUGGGGGCACUGAUUCUAAAGUCUGUUUUAUUCUUUCUGGACAAUAUGGUGAGACAGGCUGUUACGUUCUACAAGAUCCCAAUCGAAAAGUAUUGUGUCGUGGUGCCACGGAUCGAUUUUUACUCGCUUGUCCAAAACCGCUGGGGCCGUUAAUUUACAUACGUUUAUGGCAUGAUAAUUCUGGUGUAGGUGAUAAAGCAUCGUGGUAUUGCAAUUAUGUUGGAGUGGUUGAUUUACAAACUAGAGAAAAGUCACAUUUUAUUGUUGAAAGUUGGUUUGCAGUUGAAGAAGGUGAUGGUCAGGUGGAUCGUAUUAUUCCUGUAACAAGUCAAGAAGAAAUGUUAACAUUUAUACACAUGUUCAGCACAACAGCAUCUCGAAAUAUGACUGACGAUCAUUUAUGGAUAUCAGUUGUAGCUCGUCCAAUAUUCAGUCGAUUUACAAGAGUGGAAAGAGUUGCCUGUUGUUUACUUUUACUUUAUCUAUCUAUGCUUGGUUCAUGCAUGUUUUACAAAGGUGAAGGAUCUGUCAAACAGCCAAAUUUAAUUAGUCUUGGACCAUUUGGAUUCACUCCCACAGAGUUUUAUGUAGCUAUUGUCAACAAUCUGCUUACAUUCAUUCCAUUGUUUUUAAUCAUUUAUAUAUUUCGUAAUUCACGUUUACGGGUUAGUCAUGCAACGAAAUUACGCCAUGCUAUUGAAGAACAUUUAGAUGAAAAACUAUAUAUUGGAAAAGCUUCAUUUAUUUAUAGUACUCAGUCAGCAAUACAAGAUACAAGCAAAAAUGAUGACCGUGAGGCUCUGGCUGAAAAUGCUGACGAUACUGAAGGUAAAGAAAAAGGACGAACUUUGUUUUGUGGAUGGCAAAUGCGUAUUUUCGCUUGGUUACUUCUUAUCAUAUGUUUGGGUAUAGCUGUCACUUUUACAACAUUCUAUGGUGUGAUGUUUGGUGAAGCUACAUGUAAAAAAUGGCUGUCAUCAUUGUUUCUAUCAUUCUUUAUAAGUGUACUUCUAGCUCAACCAAUAAAGGUACUACUGCUAGCCGUGUUCUUUUCAUUCAUUUGUAAAUCAACUGAUCGAGUAGAUCAAAUAGAAAUUUUUGAAGAAGAAGAUCGAAUAAUCCAAACAUUAGGAAAGCGGUAUCAACUUCGAAUGGAUAGAGAAUACUUAAAUAAUAACUACCUAUCUGAUGAUUUUCGUCCACAACGUUUGGUAAUCCUACCGCCGGAUCCAUCAGACUUGGCACGUGCUCGAGCUUAUCGACUAAAACAAAGAAGAGCCAAUGAUAUCAUUCGUGAAGUUAUACUUUACGUUUUCUUUCUCACAUUGCUACUAAUUGUCAGCUUAGAUUUCCGUGAUGCUAAUGGAUUUCUCUUGAAAUCUAGUCUACAAAAUUUGUUUUUUCCAAGUUCAUUUCAAAGUGAUCACACUGGUACUUUCCAUAUGUUGAUAUCCUCUCACAAAUUAGAAGAAAGUCAUAAUAGUAGCAAAAAAGAAACUAUAUUUAGUUGUAAACAGUUGCUGUAA